AUGGACAAUUCCUCUGGAGAGUUCAUUUUUAUCCUUCAUGGGCUAAAUGAUACAAGGACAAACAAACACAUUUACUUUUCCUUUGGUCUGGUUAUUUAUAUAGUAACUCUGUUUGUAAAUGCGAUACUGAUUGUUACAGUCGUUCUUGACAAAUCACUUCAUGAGCCUAUGUAUCUGCUCAUAUGCAAUUUGUAUCUAAAUGGAAUAUGUGGUGCUUCUGCUUUUUAUCCUAAAAUCCUUUUUGACCUUUUUUCUGAUUCUCAUAUUAUUUCAUAUAAAGGGUGUUUGUCACAAAUGUAUAUUAUUUAUUCCUAUGCUUUUUGUGAAUUUACUUGUCUAACAAUUAUGGCUUAUGAUCGAUAUAUAGCCAUUUGUAAGCCUUUGGACUAUCACAACAUUAUGACACAACAAAUGGUGGUGAAAUUGCUUGUUUUCGCUUGGCUCUUCAGCUUAUUAGAGACAACCAUUGGCGGUGUAUUAACUAUACGACUGCCCUUGUGUGGAAACAAAAUUGAAAAGCUUUAUUGUUUGAACUGGGAUAUUGUAAAGCUGUCUUGCAUAGAUAUCACUUUAAACAACCUGUAUGGAUAUGUUUUAACAGUUUCUCAUGUUUCUCAAGCUGUCCUAAUCAUUAUUUCAUACUUUCACAUCAUCAGAGCAUCUUUGCGUUCAAAGACACAGUGGGUUAAAUUUAUGCAGACUUGCCUGCCACAUUUAAUAACCCUGGCUAACUUCACUAUAUCCCUAGUGUUCGAUGCUAUGUGUGCUCGCUACUGCAGUAGUCAGGGACAGCAAGCUUUGCGCAAUUUCUUUAGUAUGGAAUUUCUUGUUGUGCCACCACUACUAAAUCCAUUAAUAUAUGGAAUGAAACUAGCUCAAAUACGGCAUGCAUUAGUGAGAAUGUACAGACACAGACUUAAAUGUUUACAAAACUAUUAUUGCUAG